AUGCACCAAAAAGUUCAGAAAACCGUCAACAAUAAAACGAAACAGAAAGAAAUCAUACAAUACAUAGACGCACUACAUAAUGCUACAUCAUAUGAAGUAUUUAAUGCUGCAUCACAGGCUUUUGUUGAAAAAUGGCAGACUCAAACCGAGUUCAUUCACUACUUUAAAAAAGAAUGGUUAAAGAAACAUCCAAAUUGGUUUUUAGGCGCAGCGCCGUAUUCACCCGCCACAAAUAAUGCAUUAGAAGCAAUCGGAACAUAA